UAUUUUUAUUGUUUUAAAAGUAUUUUUGCUAUAGAUCACGUUUUUAUUAUUGGUGUAAUGAUAUUUAUACUUUAUACUAUCAUGUUUUCAUGUGGUAGUGAAUUUUCCUAAAAUAUAUAAAUAAAGAAAACAACUCUUAUAGAAAAUAACACUGCCAUAAAUAGUUUUUUAGAUGAUUAUGCCUGAAAUUGAUAACAUUGUCUUAGGCAACUUUAUCCAUUUUUGUAAUUGGUCUUACACUUUUACCCUUCUCCUUUUCUGAAAUAUAUAAACGAAAGUCAGUGCAAAUAUUAGUUGAGGGUGGGAAGAACUAGUAGAUAUGGAGAUCGAUGAUGAACUGGAUGAUGAUUUCAUUUUAAAGAUUAUCUCAGCGAUGAUCAUUUUGUGUUGUUACUUUUCUCAAAUAAUAAUUAUAAUAAUUUUUUCUAUAUUAUUGGUGAAUUAUUCGCAUAAUUUUAAUGAAAAUUUUAUUUGUACUUAUUUUCUUAGUCUAAAAUUAUAAAAUUGAAGAUACAUGAGACUUACGUCCCGUAGACUCAUGGGACUUACGAUAAGUGUUUCGGGGCUUAUGUCUCGCCCCAUACUGUGCAAAACGUCUCGCCUUUUAAAACAUUGGAUUAAAUUAAUAUUGUAUUAUAUCUUGUGAAAAUCAUUAAGUUCCACGAUCUUAAAAUUAUGUUUAAUUUUCGAUUACAUUUGUUAUGUUGCAUAAUUUAACCGAGAAACCUUACGCUUAAUUCAAUGACUUUUGUUGAAGUUUGUGGAGUAUACAUAUCAAUCCAACCGGAGAAGUAUUUUGUUAUGAGAAGGGUGAAUUCUACAAGUUAUAUGAAGUAUUAAAUUAAAUACUCCUACUUGUUUUGUUCUUGAUUUUGCCAAUGUAGCAGAAUUGAUAAUCGUACAAAGAUAUUUUGACAAUGUGUAACUCCAACAUGAUCUUAAACGAUACUCUGCGUUUUAAUUUAUUAGUCUUAUUUUUCUUUUGGCUUAAUGCAUAUGCAGCCCCUAAACUUAUUUUUAUUUUUUUAUUUUGGCACCUCAACAAAGUGUUGUUCCUAUUGAACCCCUGAAUUCGUCAUCAAACCCUCUAAAUCUGAUUUUUAUUAGAAGUAAAAAUUAAACUGUGGUAAUGAAGGUGAAGUAAUGUUUUAGACGUGUGGUAAGCUAUUCUUUAGGUCAUGGAUGUAUCAGCUUUUGCUGGUUCUGCUCGCCUACUGUCAGCUUAAUUAAGAGAUUACUCUUUUUUUCCCUCUAAAUUGCUGCUAAUCUUAGCUAAAAAAUGACAUAAUUAAAUUAGAAUAUAUAUUAGUAUGUUGCUACAUUAAAGAUAGAAUACUAUAUAAGUCAGAUUGUGUUUGAUAGACACACUUGAGGACGAGUUUAAGGAUUUAAUAGGAAUAACACUUAGUUUUAUAUCCGUUUAAAAAAGAAUGUCUCUUUCUAUUUUUAUCAACUCUUUAAUUUAAACUUUUUACGUGACAUGAUUAAAACUACAAGAUUAAAAGAUAUUUUAAUACAUUUUACAUACGGAAAAAGGUCAGAUUUCCCCUGUAACAACACAAAUAAGUUAUAUUUACUCUUCAGUAUAAUUAUUCAACAGAAUUGUGAUUAUUUUCCAACUUUAGGCUCAUAAUUGCUCUCAUACUCUACGCAGAGUCAUAUACACAUAUAUCCAUAUUCCAUUAUAUGGACAUGCCCCAUCUUAAUUUUCUUAUGUGCGCCUGUGUUAGACCGGACAUUACAGUUUGACGAUAAAAUCGCAAUUGUGGUAAAAGUUUGUGGUAAAAGUUAAGGACUAGUUUGCACUUUAUCCAAGAAGGCCAGAAAACCUUUUUAUAAUUUGUGCCUUGGCCGCUUUACUGGCAAAGCGCUUUCCUUUCUUCCAAGAAUCACUGCUAAACCCCUAUUUGGACGGAGCAGUUAUCAUUCGAACUUUACAAAUAUGACAGAAAUGGAAACUGACGACGAAAGUGAAGCCAUUCUUCUUGAAAAGAGACUUAUAGACGUUGUUUUUUCUUGGUCUUUUAAGGAUGUCCUUAACAAAGACCUUUACAAGGACAAGGUGAAGAACAUCCCUUCGACAUUUCAGUCCAUCCCUUUGUAUAUGAAGUCAUUCGUCUUCCCUCUUAUAGAGGAAACACAUGCUGAUUUGUCUUCUAGCUUUGAUAAAGUGGCACGUGCAUCUACAUGCAAAAUAUCGUCUAUUGAGGAAAAGGAGAGCAAUAAGCCAUCUGCUAAAUGCUUAUACAUUAUUGAGGUGGAAAAGAAAGAGAUUAGUAGUGAUGGCAGAGCAUAUGAACCUGAGCCGGGAGAUCUUUUGGCCAUUACAGAUGUAAAACCAACAUGCGUCGAUGAUCUAAACAGACCCAUAACGUCCUAUAUAAUUGCUCUGGUUCAGCGAGUGACAGAUGAGAAAGAUUAUAUCAAGAUCCAGGCCUUCUUAUCGAGACCCUUCUUGGUGGAACAAGACAUUCAGGAAGGUCAUAUAAAGGACUCUUUGUUCUUGGUUUCUCUUAUAAAUACGACAACAAAUACACGCAUCUGGAAUUCAUUGAGCUUUGGGGUGGAAAAGCAAAACUCCCAAGUAAUUCAGAAAAUACUGGAACCUGAUUUUUAUGUGACUGGUAAGGAAAAGUGUAAUCUCUGUUUGCAAGGGGAAGUGUAUAGAGUUUGCAGAUCAAAGAUCCUUGCGUCUAAUUGGUUAAUCAAUCUUAAUGAUUCCCAACAAGAAGCAGUUCUGAACUGUCUCGCGACAAAGUAUUGCCAUCACGACAAGACGACUAAGCUAAUCUGGGGUCCUCCUGGAACAGGGAAAACGAAGACAGUUAGUGCACUGUUGUUUCUACUUCUGAGCCUCAAUUGUAGAACAGUAACUUGUGCUCCAACUAAUAUUGCAGUCCUAGAAGUUUCUGGACGAGCUUUGAAGCUUGUGCUGGAAUCAUGUGAAUUUUUGACUUAUGGUCUAGGAGAUUUAGUUUUGUUUGGAAACAGAAAACGAAUGAAUAUCGAUAACCAAGACGAGCUACUUCAUAUUUUUCUUGAUCAUCGUGCUAAAAUUCUAGCAAGGUGCUUUACUCCUGCCUCUGGCUGGAAAUACGCGUUGCAGUAUUUAAUAACACUACUUGAAGACACUGAACUGCUGUACCAGCUCUAUACCAUGAAUGGUCAAGUGGAAGAUGCUGAUGCCGAACUUUAUCAGAAAUCUGAUAAUAAUACUAAUUAUGAUAAUGAUUCAGGGAAUGCAGUUCUUCGCAAAGAAAGCCUGAGAAACAAGGAGGACAAAACGCAAAGGUUGUAUGCUCAAGGCUUCAAGGACGAGUGGAACAAGAGAAUUGGGCAAGUAAUUGCCAAAACAAUAAAGUUGAAUGAUGAAAGUCGACGUGGCAGAGGGUUUGGGCGGGACAAGAAACAUUCAAGGCCUGUUCCAAGAAAGGGUUGUAAUGAUUCUCAUCAAACUAAAGCAAGGUUAAAUUUUGACGACUUUGUGACAAGCAGAUUAAACUGCAAACUGGAGGCUUUUACUUUCUAUGUUGUUAACUUUGUCAUGCACUUGCCAACUUCACUCCUGUCUGUGGUGGUGGCAAGAGACAUGAUCAGAGCUGUAAACUUACUACAUUCACUUAGUAGUUUAUUGCAAAGUGUUAUCUCUAAUGGUAGAAGUUUGAAAGAAGUCUUUGUUAAAAACAAAGAAGCAGAGAUGCGAGUGAUUGACAGCUCUUUUGAUAUAGAAUUGGCCAAAAAAGAGUGUCUUAAGAUACUCAAAUCCCUUCCUAACAACUUUUUUGAACCUGAAGAUGAGUAUUCAAUAAAAAAUCAAAUUUUGAAAAAUGCAUACCUGCUUUUCUGUACUGCUUCAAGCUCCUUCAAAUUGCAUGAGACAGAUGCUGAAUUGCUGGUUAUUGAUGAAGCUGCUCAGCUUAAAGAAUGCGAGUCAACUAUCCCCUUACAGAUUCCUGGUCUCCGUCAUGCCAUACUCAUAGGGGACGAGUGGCAACUGCCUGCCAUGGUUAAAAGCAAGGUUUGCGAGGAGGCCAAGUUUGGGCGGAGCUUGUUUGAGAGGCUGGCACUUCUGCGAUUCAAGAAACAUCUUCUUAAUCUUCAGUAUAGGAUGCACCCCUCAAUAACCUCAUUUCCGAACAGGGAAUUCUACCAGAAUCAGAUUACAGAUGCUCCAAAUGUCAGAAGUACAGGAUAUCAGAAGCAUUACCUUCAAGGUGAAAUUUAUGGUGCUUAUUCUUUUAUCAAUGUAGCAUGUGGAAAUGAGGAAGUCGUUGAUGGGCAUAGCAUCCGGAACAUGGUAGAGGUAGCAGUGGUUUGUGAGGUAGUUGCCAACCUCUUCAAAGGAUGCACUUCCUCGGGAGAAAAGAUCAGUAUUGGUAUUAUAUCACCGUACAAUGCUCAAAUUGCUGCAAUUAAAGAGAACCUUGGAACUAAGUAUAGCACUGAUGAUGAGAGUGACUUCUCUGUGGAUGUCCGAUCUGUGGAUGGUUUUCAAGGAGGUGAGAAGGAUGUAAUAAUAAUCUCAGCGGUGCGCUCCAAUGCAAACAGAUCAAUUGGUUUCCUUUCUAACAGUCAAAGGGUUAAUGUAGCACUAACUAGAGCAAGGCACUGCCUCUGGAUAUUCGGCAAUGAACCAACCCUAAAAAGCAGUGGUUCUGUUUGGAAGAUACUUGUACAUGAUGCCAGGGUUAGGGGCUGCUGCCAUGAUGCUCAGAAUGACAAGGACUUGGUGAAAGCUAUGGCAGCUGCUUUGAUAGAUAUUGAUCUCCUUGACAUUAAAAUACACCUUUAUUCUGUACUUUUUCAAGGAACAAGGUGGAAGGGACUAAUUGAGGCUUCAUCUGUUUCAUUACAGGUAAGUGUUGAUGAUAAUUUUUGGAAAGCAAUGGGGAGAAUUAAAAGCAUAGAAAUCCGUAAGAAAGCAAUUUCUGUAUUGAUGAAGCUUUCUAGUGAUUGGCAAUGGCCUCGCACUGAACAUAUUGCUGUCUCAAGUGGGAUGUCUAAUCAACCCUUUGAGCUCUGUCCUGUUGAUGGGAUACUUCAUAUUGUUCUGACUCUUGAGACGAUUAUGGAGACCUCAAGCUAUGUAGACGUCAUUCGGGUUUGGGAUAUUCGACCACUGACAGAGAUACCAGACCUAGAUCCUAUGUUUAUCUUGUGCAAGCAGCUUGAUGCUUUUCAUUUGUAGGAUGAGUCAUAGCCAUCUGCUGAAAGUUCAUCAGGUAACAAUCUUGAGGUAAGAGCAUCUGAUGGCUUGAAGUCAUUGAAGUGUGCAUACAUGAUAUAUCAAGAUUGGAAGAGCUUUUUUUUGUAGAGAUGUGGAAAUGAUACAACUUUUUGAGACUUUCUUUUGUAAUUGUGCAUAGGUAGGAUUAGUCUCAUGCAGUUAUAGAAUGGGGAAGGAUUUUCUUAAUGUGCAUAGAUAGGAUUUCAUGCAAUUAUAGAAUGGGAAAAUGUUAAUAGGGGAAAUCUUUUUGAGGGGCUAGAAUGUUUUGUAGUAUACUUUCAGUUUGAAGCUAUCCCAUUAAUGGAAUUAACCAAGUCUUUGGUUUUGCAUUUAUGUCA